CUUGACGGUCUGACAGCAGCGAGUGGACCUGCCUGCUUCUCUCACCGGGAAGUUGAGAGUUUAAGAGUUUAAGAGUUACUCAGAUCAUUCCUCACAGGAUCAGGAUCCAUCAUGGCUGCCUACAAACUGGUGCUGAUCCGCCACGGAGAGAGCACCUGGAACCAGGAGAACCGGUUCAGCGGCUGGUUCGAUGCCGACCUGAGCGAGACCGGGGAGAAGGAGGCGACGAGAGGUGGCCAGGCCCUGAAAGAUGCUGGCUUUGAGUUUGACAUUUGCUACACCUCCGUGCUGAAGCGGGCCAUCAGGACCCUGUGGCUGGUCCUGGACGGCAUUGACCAGAUGUGGCUGCCGGUGCACAGGACCUGGCGGCUCAACGAGCGCCACUACGGAGGCCUGACGGGUCUGAACAAGGCAGAGACCGCUGCCAAGCACGGAGACGCUCAGGUGAAGAUCUGGAGACGCUCCUUCGAUAUUCCUCCUCCAGUCAUGGGCCCAGACCAUGACUACUACCCUAUCAUCAGCAAGGAUCGUCGCUAUGCAGACCUGACUGACGAGCAGCUUCCGUCCUGCGAGAGCCUGAAGGACACAAUUGCACGGGCGCUUCCAUUCUGGAACAACGAGAUUGCCCCUCAGAUCAAACAGGGCAAGAGGGUGCUCAUCGCCGCCCAUGGAAACAGCCUGAGGGGGAUUGUUAAGCAUCUGGAGGGCAUGUCGGAUGAGGCCAUCAUGGAACUGAACCUGCCCACAGGCAUCCCCAUCCUCUACGAGCUCGACAAAAACCUGAAACCUGUGAAGCCGAUGCAGUUCCUGGGAGACGAGGAGACCGUACGUAAGGCCAUGGAGGCCGUGGCUGCUCAGGGGAAGGCCAAGAAGUAAAGUAGUGGGAGAACAAACACCGUUCUCUGUGGGUUAGAGUACCGACUGGCCUCAGAUCAGUGUUUCUGUUUCCAAGCCCUAAUUUAUUUUUGGAUGAUCUACCGUAGAUUGUUGUCAGAGACGACCUCACUCUACAAGCACAGUGCAGCAAGAGUAUACGGUGAAGGGUUAGGAUAUAUUAGAGAGCCACAGUUCUUAAAAGAUUGUAAGUAAUUUUUGCCAAAAUAGAUGAUCGUUGUUCUAACCUUAAAUGAGGUAGCGUUGAACUGAAAUCAACAGUAUAACUGAAAAGAAAAAAGAAAGUUUCUUAAUUUGAAUACUUGAAUAUUUAACUAAUGGCCUUUCUUAGUAAGUUAAACAUUCCUGUUUGAAUUGGAUUAUAUAGUUUUAAUGUCUUGUUAGAUGAGAAGAGUUAAAUCCUUGCUGUGAACAAAGACUGGGAAACGUUUACAGAAUCAUUUGGGAGAAAUGACUCAUGAAUCUAACUUUUCUAAGCAUGUUAUUGAUGCAUUCCAGUGAUAAAGGGACGUAAUUUUCACAACCUCUUGAAAGCAAGGUCUGUUUUUUACAGCUGUUUGUGUAAUGUCCUUGCGUGUUGUCACUGCCUGUGUUGUGACAAUUUGUGCUCUUCUUUCUAUGUCUCACCAAGUUUAGUCAUUUUGAACCACUAUUUCACGAUCAGCAUUCCACCGCACAAGUGUUACAUUUAUUUGGAUUAUUCUCCACCUGUUAAAAUCAUAAUUAACUGAUGAUUUAAAAAGUCUAGAUUUACCCAAUCCUCUUUUACCACCUUUGGUGUCCUUGCCUCUUGGUGUCAUGGCAUGUUUUCCUCUGCCUCCUCAUGUAAAUGACUGCAUCUGGCCUCACAGCAUUGUGAAGCAGCAGAGGUGGGUUUAGGCGGCUGUGAAUGGAGCAGCCAAUUACUGUGUGUCUUACAAUAUUUUUCUUUUUCUUUAGGAAAUGUACUUCCCUCUCUGUUUGGUUAAAUGAACCCUGGAAGCUCUAAUGUAAUAAAUGUGCACUUGUGCAAAUCCAAAUCCA